UAACAUUUUUUUUCUUUUCUCCCUUCUCCUACAUUUCAACCAAAAAAGCCAAAGGGCAAGAAAAGGUCUAAAAGGGUGUAUGCAUUUGUUGAAGCAUAAAGCCUUAAACUUUUUUUUGGUAAUUUUAGAGUAUUGGGUCUGCCUCAAAACGGAGUUUAAGGAUUGACUUUUAAAGAUCAGAUUUUUUUUAGAACACUUUCAGGAGGAUUUUUGUUGGAGGGGGGUUCUGAUGGGGAGCCCCGAUGAGCCCAACAUAAAGGGCAUUGAUGCGUCGGUCGGUGGCUUGGUUUGGGUUCGACGCAGAAACGGUUCGUGGUGGCCGGGUCGGAUUAUGGGCCUUGACGAACUCUCUGAGGGCUAUUUAGUUUCUCCAAGAUCCGGUACUCCUGUUAAGCUUCUUGGUCGUGAAGAUGCAAGCGUGGACUGGUAUAAUCUUGAAAAGUCAAAGCGGGUGAAGGCCUUCCGCUGUGGAGAAUAUAAUGAAUGUAUUGAGAAAGCAAAAGCUUCAGCUGCAAAUUCUAGCAAGAAAGCAGUGAAAUAUGCUCGAAGAGAAGAUGCAAUUCUCCAUGCUCUUGAGAUUGAGAGCGCCCGUUUAGGCAAGGAUCAUCCUGAUUAUUUCUCUAGAAAAGAUAGAUCUGGUGGUGAUCAAGGUUGUUCAGCCAAAGAGUCACCUAACAUGUCACGUUCUGGGAAAGAAAAUGAUGAUGAAAUGAGUGGAUCUGAGGAUGGCUCUAAUUCAGCUCCAGAAUUAUCACAGUCUGGCAUAUCCUUUGAAGAGACAAAUCUUAUUAAUGGUACUAAGGGGCGCUCUAUGCUGGUAAAGAGAAGAAAAACCCCAAAUGAUUCAGAGGAUGAUGGAGCAGAAGGAAUCAAACGAAUGAAAGGACUUGAGGAUCUAGGCAUGGAUGUAGGAUCAAAAAGAAAAGCUCAGGCCACAGGGGUGCUCGAGUCAGUUCAACAAGAGAAUGCUUCAUUCUGUGGACCAAACACUAACAACUGCCUGUCUAAUGGAGGUCCCAUAAAUGGUAGCAGAAACCAUUCAUCAUCACUAAGAAGAAAGAGAUCUCAAGUGGCAAAUGUUCAUGAAUUCCUAAAAAGGAAAAAUCGCCGGAGACCAUUGACCAAGGUUUUGGAGAGUACUGUUAUGGUGUCAGUUCCAGUUUCUUGUGAUGAACUUCCAAGUUCAAGUAGUUCACCCCUUAGGGGACUUUCUGACAGCAAGGUUUCAGGAAUGGAUUCUAAUGAAUCACGCAAAAGUAUUUCUGCAGUAAUUAACAACAGCAGCAACAACAAUAAUAACAAUUCAGACAGUACUGGAAUUUCAUGUGAGAAUGGUGUCUCCUUAAAUGUUUCAGAACAUGCUGCUGAUGCUGAUGCUUCUCAAACUAAUAAUAAGACAAAAGACAAAGAAAUAUUCAGCGCACAAGAGUUGGCUGAGAAUGAAUCUUCAGACAGGCUAUUUGAUGUGCCGUUUUUUGGUGAAGAUAAACCAUCUGCAGAUUUUUCUCCGAUAUUUGUAUCUUGUUCAUCUGAGACACCUGAAGUUGGUAAUUUGGGAAGGGAAGCUGAAAUGAAGGGACAUAAUGAGUCUGGUUAUACCAGAUCAGUAGAUGUGCAGGCAACUUGUAUUACCCAGAGGAUAGAGAAAGGUACUGCAGAGUGGCAGUUAAAAGGAAAAAGGAAAUCGAGACAAAUAAGUGAAAAACAAAGACACAACCCUGGAAAACAUGCUGACAUGGUUGAUGAACCAAAUACUUUUUUGGCAAGUACAGAGCAUUUGGAUGGAUUUUCUCUGGGCUCCAAUCAGAAAGUUGAUUUCAAUGGUGUUGAUGGGUCAGGUGAUCCAUACACGUGCACCUCUCAAUCCAAGUCUAAGUCAGUUGUUGAAGAUCAGCUUAAUGGGUUUGGGGACUGGAAGUCCAUGUCUCGGCAGCCACAUGGGAGAGGGCCAAUAGUGGAGGCGAAAGUACUCCCUGAUAGUUCCGGGAACCCUCAAAGGUCGCUUCCAUACCGUCAGUCACGCUAUACCGUAAACCCCAGAUAUCAGACGACAGAUUUCCCUGGAAAAACUUAUUCUGCUGAUUCAUCAUUAUAUGAUAUUAAGAUUGACGUGAAAGCUAACUAUCGGCCACAACAUGUUCCAUUAGUUUCCCUCAUGAGUAAACUGAAUGGUAAAGCCAUAAUAGGUCACCCUCUAACAGUUGAGGUUUUGAAUGAUGAUUACUAUGACAAUCCGAGUCAAGAAGCUGCUAUGGAGUGCACCGAAGUUGACCAUUCCUUGAAGCAAAAUUCAGGUGGACGAGUCCCUAGAAAGCAUAUAAAAUUGCAAUCGCAAUUCCCACCACGUAAAUCAGCAAAAGUAAAGAAAUCGGGACUGUUGUCUAAGAAGAUUCGGAAAUUGUCUUCAUUGACGGGUCAGAAGCUAUGUGUGGGUUUCAGGAAACCUGUAGCGGAGAAGCCCAAAGGUCCUGUAAUAGCUUGCAUCCCUCUAAAGUUAGUCUUCAGCAGGAUAAACGAAGCAUUGAACGGCUCAGCAAGGCCAACGCACCGAUCAUUAACAUCAAGCAAUUCAUGAGUAAGUGAUCUAAGCCAUACUGAAUAUUGGAGUAUAGAACCAGGCAGGCGGUUCAUUUUAAAAGCCUUACCAUUUAGCAUGGUCAGCAUGCAUUGUACUCAACAGGUAGAACAAAUGAGAUUGGGUUUGUUGUAGAAGGAAACAGGUAAAGCCAAUGAAGGAUGAAGAACAAGGGAGUCUUCCCUGGCUUUGUAUAUAUGAAAAUGUAACAUUAGUUGGAAGUGUAAAGGAGGCAUUAGGUAAUAUCCAUGACUUAGUAUUGGGAUUUAAAAACAAAAGAAAGCAUCAUGGAAUCAGGUUGAUUUAGGGGCUGAAUAACCCAAGUUUUGGCGGUUGUACAAUUUUUUUUCUUUUUUCUUUUUUUGGGCCUUGGGACUUCGAUUUGGUAAUUUAUUCCAAUUCCCAUAGCCUCUUUUUUUCAAUUUUGUUUUGCUUUUGGAAAUCAGAUUUUUUUCUUGCUUAUUCCAA